AUGGUGUGGGCGUCGACCGCCCAGGCUUGCCGCGCGCCUCAGCACGCGGGCGGCCCCGCGCUUUCGCCGCCAGGUCGCACCCCGGGCGCCUCCGGCGCCGCCGCGGUCCCCCGGGACGCGGGCGUCGCGUCGUGCGGCGACGACGGGGGUCACCGCGCGUGCAGUCCGCGGCGCCGCCUCGCGGAGGAGGACCCCGAGAACCAGCGCCUCCGGGCGGAGCUCGCGGAGGUGCGGGCCGACCGCGACCUCUGGCGCGCGCGCGCCGAGGCGGCUGAGGGGGCGUCCCCCGCCGGGGCCGCCGGCGCGGGCUGCUCCGAGAGCCGCCUGAGGUCCGUCAUGACGAGCCACGGCUCCACGACGGCGGAGCUGAGGGAAGCCAUCAAGGCGACCCAGGCGCUCCUGGACCAGGCCGGGCGGGAGCUCGCGGCGAAGCAGCUCCGGGAGCGACGGGCCGCCUUCGAGCAGCUCCACCAGGCGAUGGACAAGGAGGACGAGGCCGCUUUGGAGGCCGCGCUGGUCGCUGCGCGGGCCGCGGAGGUGGAGUCGGUCGACAUCGAGAAGGCGGAGGCCAAGUUCGAGGCCCUGAGGAGCAUGACUGACGAGGAGAGCGUCAGGCGAAGCACCGGCGCGCCCUGGCGGCCAGGAGGAGGAAGGAGGCCGAGGUCCUCAUCAAGAAGGACGACGAGCCUGCGCUCCGGGCGCUGCUGGACGCGCUGCCGGAGGAGGUGCCCGGCGUGCGCUGGCAGGACUGGCGGGACUACGCCGGCCGCACCAUGCUCAAGUGCGCCAAGGAGCUGCGCGCCGUCCGCGUGCAGCGCCACCUGGAGGAGUCGCCUGGGACUGGCGCCGACGGAGGACCAGCGGCACUUCAAGAG